AUUAUCUUCUACAAUUUCAUUUACCAACACAAAUACUUUAUUGAAACCCUUUUUACUUUUUCAAAUUCGUCAUGAUAGUUCUCUAGACAAAUUCUAUAGACCAAGAAAAGUUAAACAUUACCCUCCCCCAAAACCUCGUGAUAAAACAGCUAGAUAUGAUGGAUUCUUAAAGGCGAAACGCAAACGAUUAAGAAGAAAUAAGACUCCUUAA